CAGAAAUAGUUUUGUAUGCCUCACAACCCUCAUAUCAAGCUUAUGAACCACCCCACUUCCUCAGGUAGGGCUAUAUCGAUAAAGCAUUCGUCCAAUUUCCCUGCAUUCUCGAAUCGCGCAAACCGAAGAGUCGCAGAUCAACUCCGUCCACGAGGUUGCGCAGUUCGUUGGCUCUCUACGGGGGCGCGGAGAAAGCGGAAAUUUCCACAGUAUGACUAGAUCAGCUCUUAUACGGCCGAUACGGCACUUAUUCACGAGGCCAUUGGUCCAACCGCCACGAUACGCCUUGGCCGGAUUUGCAGGCGUCCGCUCGGAAACAACGAUAGUUGAACCACCUACUCCCACCGAUCCGACUACGGCAGUCAAACCAGCGGCUACGCCUCCUAUAGCUGUGAACGAAUUGCCGGAUGCCCGCGAACAGAACCAAGUCCGACUACCUCGAGCCGUCCAGGCGCUCUACCUCCAGCCCCUACGCCGGGAGGCUCCGUACGGUGUGCCGACAUGUGACCUACAACUGCGAUCGUUCAGCAUCCCGAACCUUGAGUUCUUCUGUGACUUCGCGCUGCGGGCGGCCUAUUACCUGAGCCUCCCUGCCUUUGGGCCGGUGCCGCUACCUAAGAUCAUCGAGCGCUGGACCGUUCCGAGGAGUCAUUUCAUCUUCAAGAAGUCGCAGGAGAACUUUGAGAGGAUCACGCGCAGGAGGCUGAUCCAGAUCCGCGACGGCCACCCAGAGACGGUCCAGAUCUGGCUAGCCUAUCUGCAGAAGCACGCGUACUAUGGAAUCGGUAUGAAGGCAAAUAUGUGGGAGUUUUCUAGCCUCGGUAUCGGAAACGAGCUCGACGAGCAGGAGAAGAGCUUGCAGCAGAUCGUCGAGGACAAGCUCAAGACCUUUGGCAAGAGCGGGACGUUGGGUACAGUUGAGAAGGUGAAGGAAUUGCUGCGCAGUGAAAGGUUUAAGCACACGGCGUAGAUGGAGAGGACAUCUCGGUCUACGUACGAAGUGACGCCAUCAAGAUGUGUGAAAAAUAUUUGUGGGUAUGCCUAACGUAGGCUCGUUCCUACUAGGCAUCUGCCAGUUGUGAGUUAUAUAACCUGGCGUGUAUUGAUAUCCAGAUGCAUUCUUCAUAUCUAAUCCGCAAAGGCUACGAGAGCAGUUAUCCGGAAUCGUUUAUUAUAUGUACCUACCUACGCGUUCUCUCUUUCCGUGCGUUCAGGGUUACCCAAAAAGGGGGCGGCAUGUCUGCCCACGGGAAAAUGCGUACCCAGCUUGUCUAUACUUACGGAUGUAUGCUUAAACUAGGUACUUAUUCUUCUGGUUUGUUGUCAGAAAGAUGGAUAUCAAUUUAGGUAUUUGUAUAUCUACAGGUGUUGUUGUACGUCACGGUAGGCUGGCUUCCUAGUAAUUGCGUGGCGCCUUGAUAAUCUAAGGCGCGCAAUUGUAAGGAGGCAGAGCUGUUGAACCGUUGUUGAAUUGACUGAAUCUAAGAG